UGUCGGUUUUGUGCUCUUUCUAUUCCUUACGCUGCUACGCAUGGUUUUUCCCGCUCUGCUGGCUGACCAGUCCUCGUUUCAUCCUGCUCCGCCACCAUCAUCGACGGAGGAACGGUCGUGGAACGUGGUGAAUUGGGCUCCGAGAAGAGAGGUGCGGGCACAUGGCUGCGUCGAGGGUGAGGCCCGUCGCCGCGACGAUCGCAGCGGCGGCGGCGGCAACUGCUGGCGUGGUGGCUCUGCAGCGUGGUGAGAGGGGGUUGGUGGAAAAUGAGCGUGGGGAGAGAGGGAGCGCCCUGGAGAGCGUCAGGAGGCGGAUUCAGGCCACGGAUGGGGUCGUCCCCAGCAGGCAGGUACAGGAAGCGUCGCUUAUGGGCAGCAGCAGGAUCAAUCCGUUGGACGUCCUCGUGAUCGGUGGCGGCGCCACCGGUUGCGGCGUCGCCCUCGACGCAGCCUCAAGGGGACUCCGCGUGGGGCUAGUUGAGAGGGAUGAUUUCUCGUCUGGGACCUCUUCCAGGUCGACCAAAUUGAUCCAUGGAGGUGUGCGUUAUUUGGAGAAAGCUGUAUUUAAUCUUGAUUAUGGGCAACUUAGGCUGGUUUUCCAUGCUCUUGAAGAGCGUAAGCAAGUUAUCCAGAAUGCACCACAUCUAUGCCAUCCUUUGCCAUGCAUGACUCCUUGUUUUAGCUGGUUUGAUGCAGUAUACUAUUGGUUGGGUUUGAAACUAUACGAUUUGGUUGCUGGUCCCAGAAUGCUUCAUCUAUCUCGCUAUUACUCAGCCAAUGAGUCAGUAGAACUGUUUCCUACACUUGCAAGGAAAGGUCCCAGUGGAAAUCUGAAAGGAACAGUUGUAUAUUAUGAUGGGCAGAUGAAUGACUCGAGACUUAAUGUUGGAUUAGCUUGUACUGCUGCAUUGGCUGGUGCUUCUGUUCUUAACCAUGCAGAGGCAAUUUCCUUUCAUAAGGACGAGGUCUCUGAGCGAAUAACUGGUGCUCGCAUCCGCAACAACCUAACAGGUAAAGAGUUUGAUGUGUAUGCUAAAGUCAUUGUAAAUGCUGCGGGUCCAUUUUGUGAUUCUGUUAGGAGAAUGGCUGAUAAAGAUGCAGAACCAAUUAUAUGCCCUAGCAGUGGAGUGCAUAUAAUUCUCCCAGAUUAUUAUUCUCCUGAAGGAAUGGGCCUAAUUGUUCCGAAAACUAAAGACGGUCGCGUGGUUUUUAUGCUUCCUUGGUUGGGAAGGACACUUGCAGGAACAACUGACUCCAAUACUACAAUAACUAUGCUUCCAGAACCACAUGAAGAUGAAAUACAAUUUAUUCUGGAUGCCAUCAGUGAUUACCUUAAUGUGAAGGUGCGAAGACUAGAUAUUCUUUCUGCUUGGAGUGGUAUUCGUCCACUAGCCAUUGAUCCAUCAGCCAAAAGCACUGAGAGCAUUUCUAGGGAUCAUGUUGUGCGUGAAGAUUACCCUGGUUUGAUCACUAUUACUGGAGGAAAAUGGACAACAUACCGUGGCAUGGCAGAGGAUUCAGUUAAUUUAGCUAUAAAAUCUGGAAAAUUGAAUCCAUCAAACUCCUGUGUGACUCAAAAUCUUCAAAUACUUGGUGGAGAUGGCUAUGAUCCUGCAUCAUUUACCAUACUUGCUCAACAGUAUACACGCAUGAAGAAGUCAUCCUCUGGAAAAAUUGUGCCAGGGGCUAUUGACAGUGCCGUAGCUAAGCAUUUGUCACAUGCAUAUGGCACAAUGGCAGAGAGAGUAGCCAUUAUAGCACAGAAUGAAAAUCUUGGCAAACGGCUUGCUCAUGGAUACCCGUUUCUGGAGGCUGAGGUGGCCUACUGUGCUCGGAAUGAGUAUUGUGAAUCUGCUGUUGACUUCAUUGCUAGAAGAAGCCGUCUUGCUUUUCUUGACACUGAUGCAGCGGGCCGAGCAUUGCCUCGCGUAGUUGAGAUCCUGGCUGAUGAGCACAACUGGGAUAAGACACGGCGAAAGCAGGAACUGCAGAAUGCCAGGGCCUUCCUUGAAACCUUCAAAUCCUCAAAAAAUGCACAGUUUCGUGAUGGAAAGCAUACGGGUUACUAAUUUAUUCCCAAGCACAACAACCUUCAUAUAAACAAGUAACUGAUUUCAAUUUCUUAAUA